GUGAAGUCAAAAUCUGGGAUUUAUUGCUCUUCAAAAUUGGAGGAUAAUGCUCAGAGAAUGAAUAGGUCUAAAAUGUCUUUCAGUACGUUUGAUCUAUGCCUUGUGUUGAUUUCUAUGGUGACGUUUAUUGUGGACUUUAGCACAGAUGUGUUCCUUGUAGUUGAUUACUUUAGUCAUGGCCACAUAUACUGGGCUGUGAGUACAUUUCUGUUGAUUGUGCUCCCGGCAACUGUUGUGCAGAUGUUCAGCAUGCGCUGGCACAUUGCAGAUGAGAGUGCAAAUUGUUGGCACUGGCUAGCACACAUUUUUUUACUGGGCAUUAUACACAGGUACGUGCUGACACUGAAGACAGGCUUUGAGGCUCGAUUGUCUGGUGAUCCCACAGAUUUUGAACGUCUGUAUCACCAACAGAGUGACAUCUGCAUGCUGCACUUGUUUGAAUCAUUUAUGGAAUCAGCCCCACAGCUGGUUCUGCAGCUGUACAUCAUGGUGAACCUGGAGACGUGGCAAACCUGGACUGGUGUGUCAGCCAUAGCAUCCCUGGCUUCUCUUUCGUGGGCUGUAGCAGCAUACAGCAGAGCAAUGCGUCGAGCACGGCCAGACAAGACCCAUGUGUCAUGGCCAGGGCUGGUGUGCCAAGCCACGUGGCGUGGGGGAAUGGUUACUGCAAGGAUCGCAACACUUGUCCUCUUUGCUGUUGGCUUCCAUGCUUGGAUCUUCUUGUUGCUUGGCGCGCACUGGCUGGGUAUGACGGUGUGGAUCAUGUUUCAAAAAACUGAUUUCUGCCAGACCCCAUGGGAAGAAUGCAUCUACAACUGUGUGGUUGGGGUCAUCUAUUGUUUCUGCUUCUUCAACUUGCAAGAGGGUCGGUCCCGUCACCGUGCCCUUGCAUUCUAUGUGAUCAUUGUAUUACAAAAUCUAGGAUGUCUUGGACUGUUCCUUGCACUGGCCGGAGUGUCUAGGCCUGGUCUCAUCGAGGCGGCAGCAGCUGUUAUCAUCGGAGGCACUGUUCUCGGGAUGUCCAGUAUGCUCCUGUACUACCGCUUCUUCCACCCAGCUGGCCCCAUUAGACUCUGCUCUAAACAGCUGCAACAUAACCUCGAGUGUGGCACCCCACCAUGCCUGUCAGAUGGCAAUACGGGCCACACGGCUACAAUGCGAUCCCUGAAGCACUGUUGGCAAACGGACAGAGAUGGAUCUCUUACCAGGCUGGGUGGAACCUCAACACAGGAAGGCUCUCCACAUUCGGAUGAUGUGUGCACAGACAAGAACCUGCUGCUGACGCACUGGGUGUCCUGCCAGACAGCCAGUCCGAGUUUGAGGACAGCAGAGGAACCUGCAGAAGAAUGUGAAGACAAGUCCGCAGCCUGUGACAGUACCAACAGAGACAAACGCCAUGGCAUCUGUUCUCUUUCGGAACUGGGGUUAGGUGAGCGGGAGGAGGAGGCUAGUAGGGAUGGCAAGAGCAUGGUCCAACAUAAGCGGCGAGGGAUUUGCUCACUGGAGCCUGAAAUGGAGGUUGAGUUGGAGCUGGGUACUCAUGUGGAAGGGGAACCUAGUGAUGAAGAGGAACGGAGACAGAAACGGCGCGGCAUCUGCUCACCAGAUCUCGUGGGUUUGGAACUCGGUGAUAAGGGCGCAGAAGGUUCUGAUGGAAAGCGACGUCCAGUUUGCUCUGCUGCUGAACUGCCUGAGGAGGCAACUCAGGCAGAGAGCAAUGCAAAGCAACCUGAUGAUGAAACUCCCAGUGAAGUGCUUUCAUUUCCUAGUGAAGUUCUGUCUACCCAUGACUAUGAAAACAUAUGCGCUGUCAACAUUGCCAGGGAGGCCUGGGGCCUGCGCUCAUGGCGCGGAUAUUCAGACAUAGAAACUUGGUUGCAUGAUGGCAGUGUUGUGCGUGAUAGGCGACGUGACACGCUCACCAGCACAACAACAACGCUGACUUCUGCUUCAUCAGAUCAGUCUGGUGGUAAUGAAGAUUCUAAUGCUGUAUCACCUCCACCAGUACCUUGCAGGCGACCUGCUCCUGGGCCUCGGGCCCUGCGAACUAGGCAGGAUGAUUAUCUGGAUACACUGAUUGAUGACUUAGCAGACUGUGAAACACGUGUGUAUUGUCAGGAUCGUCCACUGGCUGAAUUUGUUGUGGAGGAGCAUGACCCCAGUUUGUUUGUGGCCCGGCCAUAUGUUGUAGACCAGCAUGGGGCAUUGUUUCCCCUGACAACACUGGAUACCAUCAUGGAGGAGUUGGAAGAAUCCAGUACAAGCACAGAGACUGAUGAUUGUAUCAGGCAUAAGCAGAGCCAUGACUCAGCAAGUACUCUUGUCGCAACCAUCAGUGAGAUCCGCCAUGAUGGUUCCAUCUGCAGCUUGUACAACUCAACAGAUGCAUUGUGGGAGGGUGAGCACCCCUCAUCCUGUGACCCUGCCCCUCAUUCCCUUCUGAUGACCAGUCACUCUCGGGUUUGUCUCACUCCGGAAGAGGUUCUGUUCUUGUCCAAGUUGCAGCCAAUGCCGGAUGCAAAAAUUGAGUCAAGUCCAAGCAGUAAAGACAGCAGUUCACCCAAACCAAGUCCUGAAGUCAUCCUGGAUGCAUCCCCAUACCUUGAGUCUGUCCACAACAUGGACAGUCCAUGCCCUCCCACAAAUAACAUGAUGCCCAGAAUGAGUGACUCCACACCCAGAAAGAAACAGGUUGCAAACAGACCACGUAGAAAGUUCUCCUUGUUGCGUGAAAAGUUUGAAUCCAAGCAGACAGUAGCUAAUAUCGAGGCGAACUCUAAGAAGUCGGAGCCUCCGCAGUCCUGUGCAGAUUGCCCUGCAAUUACCCCUGAUGAUUCCAGAUUGAAAAUUCUGUGUGAAUCGGAGAAAGAGCCCAUUGUUUGUUUUAAUAAGGAGAACAUGACAUCAGUUGUUCCAAACAGGAUAAGGCAGUGGAAUAAUUACUUGAAGGCCCAAAAUUCAUGUAAUUCCAGAUUGAGCCCAGAUCGUUGUAAAGUCAUCCGUUCUCCAAGUAGCUGUGACAGUGACCUGGGUAAGCUCACGAAGCCGAAUUUGCGGGAGCGGAGAAGUGUGUUUCUGAGGCAGGUGUUGUCGCCCACCUGGGGAAAGAAGAACUCACUCAGUCCGAGCACAAAGGUGGUGCCGGCAUCAUGACACUGUUCCAUCACUUCAUGCUACUAUGAGCUAUAGAGAUUAUAUAGUAUUGUUUAGAAAGGAAGCCAUUCUUGGAGCAAGUGAUUCUUUGAUUCAGAUCUACUCAAUGGGAUAUGUGCUGCACAGUUGAGUGAAUGGUGGAGAUUAUGUUGGAAAGCUUGGUAGUGACAUAGCAUGCCAGCACAGUGUGUUUGAUAGGUUACUAGCCUUAUUACUGCCAAGUGUGGUGCUACAGUCUGUCAGGUUUCGCUAUGCAGUUUCAUAAAAAUGAAAUGAUUCUAAUCAUUUCAGAUUCUUCACGCAAAACAAGAAUCACAGAAUGCUGAAAACUGAAUAUUCUGUUUCGUCCUGCCAUCUGUUGGCAUAUACUAUAUGAAUACAUGACAUAUAAACUCUGCCUGUCAGCAUCAGCCUGAUCCAGUUGUGACAGGCUUAACAGCACUGGCUUUUCCAGCUCAGUUUGUUUACUCACAAGGACUGGGUUAGUGAUGCUGCAUUUAGUGCAGAUGAUGUCAUGUAGCUGCUAAGGAGAUGUGAGGACAUUAAGACUGGAUAAGUUAGAUUGAGCCCUGUUAUUGUCAAACCUAUUUUGUGGCCAUAUUACUUCCUCCAGAAUUUGACUAGCCAUCUGUCAACAGCCAGAUGUACAUACCUCAUGGACAUACCACUUCAGAAGGAAUCAUCACAAUCUUGCAAGCAGAGUUUGGCUGUGCUCCUAGCAAACACAUGAUCGUCCGCCAAUGCUGUUUCAAGGCAGAUGCUGCUGGACACCAAUAGGAGGGACUGUAAAACUGCAGCAGAGCUGGCUUUCUGGACUAUGUCCAUAGUCUGAUACUCCAAACAGAACACAAUAUUUUGGAAAUUGGAUCUGCUUGGAUCCAGCAAUUGAGACCAGCUGAGUUGUGCCUCUGUCUCAUGAUGGAAAUAGAUUCAAUUUCUGAAACUGUUCUGUUUUGAAGUACUAGAUGAUGGACAAACUCCAGAGCCCCAAUAAUAUGGUGCAAUAUAUUAGUGUCAGAAGACUUUGGAAUCAAGAGUUCUGCUCCCUAAAUAAGGAACACUUCAAACUUUUUGCAGACUAGUGUUGCAUUUUACUUCAUGCACAUAUAUAUUUUUAAGCAGCACCCAUCUCCACUCUUUGGUCUGAUCUUUUAAUUUGACAUCUACAGACUUCCAUGUGACUUACUGAUUUUAUUUUGCAGUCUAUUUUUCCUGUUCCUCCCCAUAGGCCGAUGCUAUCUGCCAGAUAGUACAUGGAUCUUCUUCUAGCAUUGUUACUAGUGGACAAGAAGCCUCCGGUCUCUUCAUUCCUCCCACAGUCUAUCCUCUUCAAUUUCUGGCCAGAUCUUUUCACUCUUUCUGAUGUCUUCCAGUUCCUGGCCAAACCAACUUCUGGACCAUCCGAUAGCUCUCUUCUCUUCAAAUUGUAAUCCUACUGCCCUUCUUGAUGUCCGUAUUCUGUCCAACUUUUUUACAUGGCCAAACCAUCCUUAAAAUUUAUUUUUUAAUUUUUUAAUAAGUUUUUAAUGCCACCUUCCUCUCCAGAAGUUUUAUUUCUAUUCUUUCCCUUCUUGUGUUCCCCCCAGUGCCACUCAAAAGUGUCAUAUUCUUUGCUUGGAUUUUGAUUUUAUUUGCCUGUAAUAGUCCUAUGUUGGCUAUAUACAAUUAGCAUUUGUUUAAAAUAUAAUCUGUUUACUGUGAUUUUGCAUUGUUUUGGGAUCAGACUGCACAGUGAUACCUCAAGAUAGGUCAGAGUUCACUGUGCAUAACCAUAACAACUCAUUGAACCUGUGCAGUUGAUACAGAGAGCAGAAAGAGCCGUGUUGUGUGGAACUCAACUCAUGAUUAUGAUCUGAACCUGUUUUUGCAUUUUGUAGAGAUAGUUGCUACCUCACCUCAGUAUUAUGCAUUAGAAUGUGUAUUUUUAUAUUUAUAUACAUAUCAAUUAUAUGCUAUCUGCUUAUAACUAAGACUGCAUCACAUGACAUGUGCUUCACCACCAAGAGUGGCUUAGUGUCUGUCACUGCAGGAUUCAUGGAAAAGUGUGGAAAUAUCUUCUUCAUUUGUAGGAAAUAAAAAGUUGUGGCAUGCCUUUGAACUUAGCACUGCAACAUGGAAUCAUGAAAUGAGACUUGAUGUUUUCAUGGUGGUGUAGGCUGUUAUUGUGGUCUUGUGGGUUAUGAUACCGUGUAACCAGCAAGUUGACUCAAGUAAUGACAGGUCUGGUUGUAUUUGGGAAUUUCAAAUUUCAACCAAACUAUGCCUAUCCUGAAUUUUUCUUCCUCAGUUUCUCCAGGCAAAUGCCCAGUUUGUACCUUAGAUUAGGCUGACUGCUUCGUGCCACAUCAUUUCCAGUUCAUUGUAUCAUGUCAUCCUACCAUUUGAUGGUAUGUAGUCUGAACUACUGACAGUGUCGUUACCUAAACUAGAAAUUAAAACAGGACACCGUGCAGCUUGGUAGAAAUGACUUCUGUCUUGAUGACAGAGGCAAAUGUUCUUCUAGAACAUAUGUACCCCCCUAUCAGAGUUCACAGUGUCAUAAACCAGAAGGCUGUACUUUGGAAUCACAAAUUUUAUUGUUUUUCUAACUUUAAAUCAGGAUAAUGUGGCCAGAAUUAUGCCAUAUCAUAUACAUGUUAUAGUAAUUAGAAAGUAAUUAUAAUUGUUUUGAUAACUGUAUAGUAUACAAAUAGAAUACAUUUAUAUUUUUAACAAAUAAAUUAAUUUUGUU